AUGAAGAGCAGUUUGUUAGCUUUGUUGCUCGUUGCUGUUGUGCUGUUUGUUGCAGUAGAGUCCCACAGAAGAUUUCGCGGACUUGGUCGUAGACCUCCCAGGCGAUGGAAUAAUGGAAAGCCAAUGGGACAGUGGAAUGGAAAUCGUCGGAGAUGGCACGGAGGAAAUCAAGGUGGACAUUUUCGACCACUGGGAUGGAAUCAUGGAAAACCUAUGGGACCGUACAAUGGAAAUCGCUGGAAAUGGCAGCGAAGAAAUCAAGGAAGACCUUGCGAUCGGCGUAAGUUGAUAAACCCAAAAAAUAUAAACAGUAUAAUGAUGUAUUCAGCUUGUACAAGAUCAGGACAUUUUCGUUGCUCUUUGAAUGUUUUUUUGUUCUUAAUAAAUUUCGAGGAUGAACUACUGUCACCCGCUUGGCUCAGAGGGGUGCAUUUUUUUGUCCUUCUCACAAGUCAAUGACCCUGCGCUCCGUAGGCACUGUUUCCCUUUGCAAUUUUGCUGUCACACGAGUGUUUAGAAAUUGAAACGAAAACAAAAAAGCAAAAAAACAAGCAAAAACAAAAACAAAAAUUGAAUUUUGCGAAUGCAACACUAUAUGAUCGCUUUUAAAAUAGACACAUUCCACAAAGAUCCGUUUUCACCCGGGUGUUUUCCUCGACAGUACUAACUUUGCCUUAAGGCAAUAGCAAUAGGAACUUUGGACAGAUCGCUUGGCCUUUUGUAUUUUCGAGGGUGUUUUGCACGUGCGGGGCGGGCGUGCCAGGGCUAGGGAGAACGAAACUGUCUCUCUUUUGUCUUGUAAAGUAUUGUACGUGAAUAAGCCGAGUGGCGCGUAAAGCAAAAGACAGCUAACACCCUCGUUUCUCUAGUCUUUUGGUCCUGUCGCAACUGCUGCUAGUGGGGCUUUGUUGGCAGUCGCGAGUGGUCAUGUUUUGAUCCAGAUCGCGUGUUUCAUUCUAACUGAUGUCAUACUCCCAGUUGGUUAACCUCGUGAUCGCCCGGGCGUGAUCGUCAGUAAUGACGAUGCCAUGGCUGCCCUGCAUGCUCUGUAUCACUUCCUAUAUUUUAACAUGAUCAGUUUCUAUACUCCUCCUGUUGUUCUACCACAGGUAACCCAGGCUUACUAGAGAGAAAUAGUUGUUGCGUAACAGAAAAAUUGUAUGGGGUUUGUUUGGGGAUUUCAGCGAUCGUUAUUAGGGGUCAAAAAUAGAAAUAAAAAUACAUCAAAAUUUCUUACUUUGUCUCCUUGUUUUGAUUAUGGUGUGUUCUUAGCAUUUUUGGCCGCUUUGGGGCAGUUUCAGCGAAUUUUAGUUCUGUCGUUGUUCUCAAUGAGCGAACAAUUCGCCUAAACUUAAUUUUCGAUUCAACCCCAGAAAAUUUCACCAACAUUUGACUUAUUAAAUGAAACUGAAUAAGACUGAUGAAGUUUGAAACAGUGCGAAUUCACUUUUUUUUUCAGUGAGUGUUUUCGGUUUGUUGUCAUCCAGCAGCCUCGCCCUAGGGACGAGGUUGGUCAUUCAGAAAUUUUGCUACCAUGGCAACGUGACGUAACGACUCCUCUCUAUUGGCCAGGGGAUCAAAGCCAGUCAGAAAGGGCGAAUUUUUUUUGAAUAUAGGAUAAUUAUUUUCAUUGUGUUUAUACUUAAGGAAAAACGUUCAUACACGAGAGCAGGAGUAACCCUUCUGGGGGCUGGGUGGCUCGUUCUGUGCCUCCUCACUACUUGUGACAUCUUCGUUUAAAAUGAUACAAGACUCGCAGGACAAAGACAAAUUUCUUAUUGUUUGUUCAACUGUAUAUCCUUACCUAAUGUGUUUUUAGUUUCAGAGCGUCCUAGAAACUGUUCUGACUUCUUCGAUGGAACCUGCGUUGCUUGUGAUGAUCAAUUUGUGUUGAAAACAUUUAACUUUCCUCGAUGUAACAAAACCAUCUGCGUGCCCUGUUGGCGUCUGAAAUGGAGAAAUCCUGAUCUGUAUCGUCAACAGUGUGAACGUAACACCACAGGUAGCCGACGGACCAUCUAAUUUAUGAUAGGAAACCUUAGGGCCAGUUGUUUAAACAGAGUUUAGCCUUUGUCAAAUAACAAAACCACGUUCUAAGCCAUUUUCAAUUUUCCGCAACGCUUCUAUCUAAACACCAGUUAUCGCGAACAAUUUCAAUAAAGUAUAUACCGUAGACUGAAAAAGCACUUAUUUUCUUAAACUAACCCACUAAGAAAGAGAUGUAGAGAUUCAAUGAUUUCUUAAACCGCGGCCUAAGUUAGACUUUGUUUAAACAGUAACUGGCCCUUAGAUUCUAAGACGCGCACGGCUAGUAUUUUCUCAAGACUAAUAAAGGACGCCCAAAACAAAAACCAUCACCAUCUUGGCGGGAAAACGUGGUAGCCGUCGUAAUUCUACUUCGGGUUUUCGCCAAAAUUUCGAAGUGACGAAAACAAGUUUUAAAAUGUAAGAAGAUAUAUCAUAUUGUACUUGUUAGAGGACUUGGCCUUCUUCAAUAAAAAUAACCGUGUUAACUUUUCCGGUGAAAAAAAGUUGAAUGAAGCUUUGAUUGAAGGAGGUCUAAAUUUCGUCCUCGUCCUCAAAGGUCUCUAAUUUGAACUUUUAGGAGAACGAAUCAUGAUUCUUGUCGUCGCUUACGGGCGGUUUAAAACAAACUGUUAAAACAAGUCUCGCCGACCGUAAGGCUGGUAUUUUUUACAAGUUGUCUCCAAAGAGAGGUGGUCUUGUGUCAACACAAGUAGCCCAAGCUAACUGUCAACAAAUAAACAAAGCAUUGGAAAUCACAUUCUUACCUCACUUAAUAUGUGAAAUUUCCUGACGCUCCGUUUACGUUUUUGCCUCACUGCAGCACGUUUCAAGUGUCCCCGUGGUUGUGUGAACUGUAGCAGUCAUGGAGUGUGUACUGAAUGUAAACCAGGACUGAAGCUGUACAGCCCACCAAACAGCAACAUUACCAAAUGCGUGUCGAGUGAAGCCAAGCAAAACAAGAGUGGUGAGUAUAAUAUUUUGGUCUAUCUGACAACUCUGAGGUUAAACCCUAUCCAGCCAGUUCUUGAUUCUUACAGACGCUGGAAACUUGAAUCAAAUAAAUAGAUUUAUUUGACUGUCAGGCUGUGUAUCUGAACGCUAGUAACGAGGUAUUUUGCAUUACGUUUUGUCAAUUAAGAGACUCAAGAGGCAACGUCAACAUUUGUUGAAAAAAUGAGUUCCAGCCCUCCAGGGCGUAGGAAAAAAAAACUUGAUUUCUCAUCGAAACAAAAGCAAUUUAAAGAGAUGUCUUUUCCUGCUAUUCAUUUUAUAGCUUGUGGAAAAAUGUGUAUGGAAUGCUCAGAAUCUGGUGUUUGCUUAAAAUGCAUUGAGCCUCUGGAACUCAUUCAGAUACCAGUGGUAAAAGGACUUUCGGAUCCCGAAUACAAACGAACUAUUUGCGGAAAACCCGGCUUCUACAAAGGUAGGUCAGCGCUCGAUAAAAGUCUUUUUUCCCCCAGCAAAGAAAACACAGGAGUCAGGGGCUGAUUGUUCCAUAUCAUGUCUGCCGUUCUGAGUCGACGUGUCUCUGUAUGUGUCACUUUUAAACUCCCCACGUGUUAAAACAGGAGGAUUUUAUAUGUACGGCGAAGAAAAAUAAAGGGUAGGAAUUGUUAGCGUACAUAUGGGUUGUUAUUGUCAAUGUGUCGUUACAGUUUUGGCGGAUGUCAUGAUGAUAUCCGUUUCGUAGUUGUACAGACCAGGGACGUAGCCAGAAUUUUUCUAGAGGUACGCACAAUUUGCUUUGACUGUAAUCACUGUAUUACCACUGAUCUUUUUGCAGGGAAAACUAGAAAAGGAGGAAGAAACCCCGGCGUGUUAGACGUUCCUCAGUAG